GAAUGACAUACUAAGCGAAUGGAUUAAAUUGAACUCCAUUGCAAUUUAGAUGGGUUUUAUUUCAAAGGCUUUGAUCGGAUUCGAGGCAACCGACAGACGGCAUACGACAUACGACAGACGGUGCCAGAUUAAAGCAUUUACCUUGUGCAGAGACAGUUGGCCAGUAAUUUAGGCUGUUAAGGCUAGAAUUACAUUGUUAGUGUUAUGAUAGUAAUUAGGUGGUCGAACACUUGAAAUGAUUGCUCAUUUCAAUGGGGGCUGGCGUCAAGUGCACGCAAUGCCCCUCACACUACGCACGUCCAAGGAUAUAUAAGGCCAUGGUGGACUACAUUGAUUUGAUUCCAACUGUGAAAUGAAGAAAUUGCUGCGGCUUAUUCAACGUGUUUUGCCCUCGAAUGCGGCUGAGGGCAGAAUCGGCUCCAUCGAGCUGAACUUGUGGCUGGCCCACUUGGUAGGUCUGCCCUUGGUGGGGCUGAAGCCGGAGACACCUCUGCAGAAGCUGUGCAUCAUUGCAGUCGGAUAUCCCGUUGUGCUUGCCGUUUGGUAUUAUGUCUACCUGGAGCUAUACGACCUCUGCCUCAAUUGGCAUGACCUGGACGCAAUGACACAGAACCUCGUCCUCUCCUUUACGCACGUGGCCUUUCUGAUAAAGGUAAGUGUUCCAUUAAAUGAUCAAUUGGCAGUACCAUAAGAAUAUUUACAUUAUAC